AUGUACAUGGUACCAACCCAGAUGUUCGAAAUGAUCUCAUCGAAGAACUUCGACCUCACAGCGGCAAACUCAAAACCACGCACCUCAUUAAUAGAGAUCAACAUCGAGAAGAUCGUCCGGACGAAAUUGACUCUGCGUGAAUCUUCUCUCUCGGGUGCGCCCACUAUUAGUAUAGGCAUCCUGAUACUGAUAGCAGCUGCGCGAACUUCGAAGCGUAAAGGUCGAAGUUUAAUCCUCAGGUACGAUACGGCCUACGGUCUUUGUCUCCGAGACCUCGAUUCGACUCCGCCGGUAGCGUCUCGUUGCUCCGGUAUGCCCUCAGUGACUUACUAUAAGCAGGAAGCCUCUGACCGCCGGAAAAAGAAUGGCGCGCGCACAGUGCCACCAUCAACCUUCGCAUACUAUCAUCUGAAGCUUUCAUGA